GACGUCUACCCAGGCGCUGCGUGACAGCUCCGUAGGAGGUUUUCACACAGGUUUAAACAGACGGUGUGAGUGUACAAUGAGGAAAGUGGAGACACGAUUGCAAUGAAGUUGUUGAAGCUUAUCUUAUAGAGACAUGAGCUACGCAUUUUACGGCUUUGCUCUUGGGCUUUUGCUCGUGGGUUUGCGGGAUUUAUUGUUUGGGUUCGGGGAGAUCCGAUGCAGCAUGACAUACAUGUUCGAGUACCCAGAAUACCGACGCGUGCAGCUCCCGAGGCGUGUCGCGCGCCUGUACCCAUCAUACGGGCUGUAUCUGUAUGGAGAGGGCGCAUAUGCUCAGGAGAGCAGAGGACUCAAGCUCACAGGAGCACCUGUGCUCUUCUUGCCUGGGAACGCGGGCAGCUACAAGCAAGCUCGUUCUCUGGGUUCAGUGGCAUUGAGGAAGGCUGAGAACCUGGACAGACCAAUCCAUAUGAACGUGUUCACCAUUGACUUCAAUGAGGAGUUGGUGGCCCUGUAUGGGGGCAGUUUGCGCAGACAGACUCAAUUUCUACAUGAAAGCAUCAAAGCAAUCUUGCGGCUUUACAAGGACCGUCCAGACCCUCCCACAGGUGUGGUUCUGGUGGGUCACUCCAUGGGUGGAGUGGUGGCAAGAGCUUUGUUCGCCCUGGCACGUUUCAACCCACGCCUGGUCAGCCUCAUCAUCACCCAGGCCUCCCCCCAUCAGGCACCUGUCCUGUCUCUGGACCCUUAUAUACUGGAGUUUUACUCUAGAGUCAGACAGCGCUGGGCCACAAGUGCUGAAGACCUUCGGAAUGUGAGCGUUCUCUCUGUGGGUGGUGGUCACCUUGACUUCCAGGUGCGCUCUGGUUUGACAGCGCUGUCCUGCCCCAACGAUGACCUCAAUAAGAUGUCAGUAGUGGCAACUGCAGUUCCCCGAAGCUGGCUUUCCACAGAUCAUAUUUCCAUUGUUUGGUGCAAGGAGCUGGUUUUGGCCACAGUCCGGGUGUUGUUCGACCUAAUUGAACCUGAAACCGGGCAGUUCACAGAGAGUCCUCAGAAGCGGAUGUCAGUGCUGAACUAUCACUUCUUUAGACAUCCAGUGCUGAAACCCGGAGGAGCACAGGAUGACCCUGUCACUUUCUCAGCUCCUCCCGAGGCGUGGAAGGAGGUCAACACGCUCCGUCUGUUCUACAGUGCCCCCAAGGAAGCACAAGUCAAGUACUUCCUGUUUGCUCUCUCCAGUCGAAGGAAAGCUUACAGUCAUUUCCACUGCCGCAGUAAUAAUAUGGAUAUGACCAGCUGGUUGUAUGGCUGCACACAGAUGAGUGGCUCAAUGUGUGUUCAGGCAGUAGAUCUCUCAUCUCAGACAGAACUUCUUCCAGUUUAUAAGGCUGUAACAGUAAAAAUCAGUGAGCUUUUGUCUGUUUCUCAUCUCAUCAUUGAUGCCUCAAACCCCAGUGGAGCACAGUUUGUGGUGGAGUGUGAGCUGCAGAGAGAGGAGAGCUUGACCGUCUCUGUGCAGGUGCCUCAUGUGCUGUCCUCUGGUCUGACUGUCAGUGACAUCAGCAUUAACUCCUCUGGGCUGCUUCAUACACUUCAGCUUCAAGACUUUCAUCAGGUUUAUCAAGCUUUUAGAAUAACUAUCACGAGUCACUGCAAAACCACUAAAGACAGACUGCCCAGUGUGUACAGACUGAGAGUACCAUGGUUUCAUGAAGACUCCUUUGAUAUUGCAAGUAUUCCUUCGGUAUCUGAAAUCUACAGCGUGCUUCACUCGAGCCGCCCAGACAACGCCUCCAGUGCCCUCCUGCAGCUCCACACUGCCCCCAACUGCCAAUACAAGGUGUCUAUUCGGACUUCGUUUCCCAAAGUGCUUGGGCAGAUUCUGCGUUUCUGUGGUCCAGUUCUCCCUGUCUACUCGGCUGUAAUGCUUCUUCUGAUGAUCGGGGCUCAGCUGAGCUCCAUCAAAAGAUCUGGACAUCCUGUUGGAAUCCAAGAGGGCAUGAGUAAAUCCUUACAGCUCCACAAACUGGAACUGCCCCUCCUCCUCCUGCUGCUGCUGCUCAGGCAGAGCUGGUUUCAGGAUGUCUGGUCCUCUCUGGGUCUCCCUGCGGUGGAUGCUCUUCCUCUAAACUCUGCAGAGGACCUAUCCCAGGAUCCAAAGGCCUUUAUGCAGGAAUGGCCCCGUCUAUUGUCUCCACUGCUCUGUGUGCUUGGUGCAUCCAUUGCAUUCUGGGGUAGCACAGUCCUCAGAGUGUUUGUCUAUUUCCUGUCCUUUUUUCUUGCUCCACUGCACAGACCUUCAGUGUCUCGGGACUGCGGCACACUUGGUCUUCAUUCUCAGAUUCUCCUGAUUAUCUUUCUGAGUGUGCUGGGAGGCGUCACCUGCGGAGCGCUGGCUCUGAUGCUCUCCUCUCUUCUCUACCUCUACAGGGUACUUAGAUUACAGAUGACUGAGAGAUCACUGAGCCACAUGUUGAACCUGGCACCCCAGAAAGUUUCACAAAACUCUGAAAAUGGUUUUGGUGCCAGUGAUGGUCACAGUAAGGUUAAAGAAUGUAACGGCAGCCAUUUACUGUCAGAAUCAGUGCUACAGGACGUCAGAGAUGAUCUGCAGCUCCACUGUAGUCUGGCCACACUGCUUACUUUUACCAUGAUGCUCAGUGUCCCUUCCCUUAUCCACUGGAUGCAUAAUCUCAGAUAUUGGAUUCAUCUGGAUCCGGACCCCUGCUGGCCACACACUGUACCUCUUCUCAUCAGCUCUGUGCUGCUCAUCGGCUGUAACACACAUCAUCUUCUACGCAGCAAACUGAUGCUGAAUCUGACACUUCAUCUACUGGUGCCGCUGUGUGUGGGCAUGCUGGCUUUUUGUCCGCUGCACAUUUAUAGAGUCACUUAUUUCCUGUCUACAGCUCUGACCCUUUUGGUCUGUUCUUGCUACUUUUGACCUCCCUUCAAACUUGAAAUGUGAGUCUGCACUGAGAUUAGAAAAAUACCUGGGCCUUGUAUAAACUCCGACCAGAUUAGACCAAAACAGCCUUAAAACCCUGUGUGUGUUCAGUGGGGUCACAUGGACUAGUGACAUCAGUGGACCAGCACAUCUGGAGUCAUGGGACUUGUUGUUUGUCAUCAUUUGUAGCUUCUGUAACGGGUGAUAUGUCUGUAUUCAUUUGGUUUUCAGUGAAUAUUAGAUUUUUAAAUAAUUUUUUAUAAUUAUAAAUUUAUUAAAUUAUUGUUCUUUUUCAGUAUCCAGUAUUUAUAUGGUAGUUGUUUUUCAUUUUAAGUGAUUUAUUUUUACUUUAUUGACGUGAAAUUAUAUACAACAUUAUUAUCUUUUUUCUGUAUCAGCUAGAAUUUUAAAAAUGGUGCCCUAUCAAUUGACCCUGUUUACUUCCUGAUAUUGUGACUCGUCAGUGCAUGUUGUUCAAAAGAUUUAUUUUAAUAAAUAUUGAGAAUUGGAGCUGACUCAGGACACCACCUGCAUUUGCGCCAAUCUAAAUAAAUAUCAAUUCAUUUAUUUUAUUUUACUUAUUAAUUCUGAUUGUGGUGUGGAUAGUGACUGAAAAGUUCAUAUUAUCAUAGUAAAUGUAUUAUAAAACCAUUGGGAGCUGUUCUGUUCGCUUUAAUCUUAUCACUUAAUUUGCCUCCGUUCUGAAUGACAUUAUCAAUAAUUUGUAAUCACAUUACAGCAGAUUUUUAGUUUAAGAAGAAAAGCUGCAGAAAAGUUCAUUCAUUAUAGAAGUAAAAUGAGUUAUGAAUGCAUUUUCAUGUUGACUUUUAAGGGUGUUAAAGCAGCUUUAGGUAUUUGUUCAGCUUUUCUGCAAUUCACAUGACUGUGUGUGUGUGACUGGAUCUCUUUGCAUAUUCUGUCUUCAGUCUGUCAGCCUUAAGCCAUUUAGCUCUGAAUGCACAUGUAAUGCCUGUAGGUGCAGAAGUACCUCUGUGUUUGACCGAUCACUUGUUCUUAACACUCUUUUGCAUUAGACGAAGCUGUAAGGCAAGUCUGAGUAGUAUAACAUUCCAUCUGGAUGUGUUAUCUUGAAUUUCGUGAGAUGCAAUAUGAUGAUUUUAUAUAAAUGUGCACAAUUUGUGGUGUUAAAAAGACAUCACAGCUACAUUUAUGGAUAAAGUGCAGUCUUUAUAACCUGAGACAAAUGAUUAGAAACACUGUCAAAGUAGCCAGAAGAUUGUUGCUGUCUGCACAGCUUUUUUUGAUGAAUGCUUAUGAUGUGUGAUCUGUGUCCCUCACACGUUACUCAGCAGCAUCCAUCUGAUCCGUCAUCCUUUGGUUAGCUCAUGACGGCAGAUAGUCUGAUUCAGGAUCACUUACCUAAGAGCUGAAAUUAUACUUUGUCAUCCAAAAUCAAAUGAGAGAAUGGUGCCUUUCUUGUAAUAAGCCCCUGCUCUUCUAAUACCCUUUAGCAAUUUAACCUUGUUAUGUCUGUCAGUCCAUCCAAGUAGUCUGAUAUUUAACCGGAUGUCCCCCUCUCACAGGAUGUACCUGACCAGAAACACAAAAUUGUGUCUUCUGCACUGUGACUGUACCUGACUGUGUGUAUGUAAUCAUUUUGCAGUGAGCUUUGAUGUCUGCUGUUUUUUUUAUGCUAUGUUGCAAUCUUGCUCUGCCUCAUGCUAAAAUUGAGCUGUUUUUGUGGUGAACGUGUGAAAGGCUGCCUUUUUUCUAUAAAUAUGAUUGUUUUCACUGGUGUGAUCACUGUGAUGUGCCACAAUAUUUGGAGGCCAGGAUCUGAUUAUAUGUCUUGAAACAAGAACUGCUAAUUCGGAAAUAGAUCUGUCCUGAUCAUAUGACACUGAAGCCAAACGGAUCCAACAACACUUUAACACUGCAGCAAUGUUUGUUUGUAUUGAUGCUAGUGAGGCUUCGGCUGCUAAAAUAUUCAGCAAGAGUGCAUUACAUUCUUUUAAAAAAAAAAAAUGUUUUGUAUAAAAAUUGUUUUAAAUAAAUGCUAUUGUUUUUAA